AUGCCAGAUGAAGUCUCCCGAGUGAUGACCUGCCAGUGGACCAGUGAAAACCAGAGCGUCGUCCUGGAGGUUCCUGACGAUGAGAAUUCCAAGUCGACCUCGGACAGCGAGAGGUGCACUUGGGCAGAGUUGCUGGCCGAGAUGGAGGAAAACAAGGUGACAGAUCCAACCAUCAAUUUGCACGAGCUGCACGCUCCAGUCAUGGAUGAUGCAGGUCAGACUGGUUCGCAGCGCUACUUGAUCAAACCAAAGGCCACACCAAUCUAUUUCCAAUACUCUGCAGUAGCUGGUGGGAACUACAAGUACACCAACAUUGCUUCGGCUUUCACUGGUGAAGAAUUGGAUGCGAGCCGACUGCUUGUGAAAGUUUGGCGAGUCAUGUACGACAAGCCCAGCAAUGAGAUUUCCCCGCGACGCUUGUCGACACUAGCUGGUGUUGGCUAA